ACAGAGACAGCAACAGGGUGCAAGAGUGCAACACGAAAUAAGCAGAAAUCUAAAAGUAAAUAUCGCUUAUUUUUGUUCACUGGCGCGGAAAAGGAGGCGCUGCAACAGCUGCGGCGGUGGGCGGGGCAAGUAAAGAGGCAUAGAAAAGCACGGAAAACAAAACUAAGUCACAGCAUUCCGUCAGCGCCGAAAGUGAGCUGAAAAUCGGCUGGGGAAAACAGGCGAAACCAAAACUAAACCGCAAAAAACGAUGACGAGUCGCCAGCGAACGGUGAUCAUAUUCAAAUCGGAGUCGGACAGCAGCGAUGUGUACGCGGAAACGCUGGAGAAGCACGAUUUCAAUCCCGUAUUCGUGCCCACGCUGAGUUUUGGCUUCAAAAAUCUGGACGAGCUGCGCAAGAAGCUCCAGACACCGGACAAAUAUGCCGGCAUUAUAUUCACAUCACCACGCUGCGUGGAAGCUGUGGCGGAGUCCCUGAACCUCGGCGAGCUGCCCGGCGGUUGGAAGAUGUUGCAUAACUACGCCGUCGGCGAGGUGACCCACAAUCUGGCGCUGAGCACCUUGGACCAGCUCUUCACCCACGGCAAACAGACGGGCAAUGCCCGUGCCCUGGGCGACUUCAUCGUGGACACCUUCGACGGUUCGCGGGACUUGCCGCUGCUGCUGCCCUGCGGCAACUUGGCCACCGAUACGCUGCUCUCGAAACUGGCCGAGAACGGCUUCUCCGUCGAUGCCUGCGAAGUCUACGAGACGCGCUGCCAUCCGGAGCUGGGUGCGAAUGUGGAGCGUUCGCUGGAGAUCUACGGCGAGUCCAUCGAGUUCCUCGCCUUCUUCUCGCCCUCGGGCGUCAACUGUGCCCAGCAGUACUUCACCAGUCGCCAGCUGUCGAUGGACAAGUGGAAGCUGGUGGCCAUCGGGCCGAGCACCCGGCGUGCCCUCGAAUCCGUGGGCCUGAAGGUCUACUGCACCGCCGAGCGGCCGACGGUGGAGCACCUGGUGAAGGUCCUGCUCAAUCCGCAGGACAGCCGCGAGCGACUUUUAAAGGAGCGCGAGCGGAUCGCCGCCCUCGAGAAUAACAAUUAAGACGCGUAACCCUAGGAUUCGGUUGGAUUUGGUAGCUCUAUCUUAAACCCCAAGCUCAUAGCACCAUGGAUUGAUACUCUGUACUAUCAUUUGUAUAUUUAUUACUCCGAAACGGAGUUGUUAAAGCCUGAAAUUUGUUGGAUUCUGCAGCUCUAUCAUUUAUAGUCCAAGACAUUAUUUCACAUAAGCUCAUUAAAAUCAGGAUUCGUAGUUUUAUGAUUCCUAACUCUUAGAUCCAUUAUUUUCAUAUGUUUAACUGCAAAAUGAAGAUCUUUAAACCUGUGAAUAUUGUUCUCAUUUGAGUGGUAGACUAAAAAACUAUUAUUUGUAUUAAAAAGAAAGUAACUGUUGUCUUAAUUCUUCUAAGAUCAUCUGAGAUAAUCUGCAAUCCUAGAAAAUUCACAGGAAAUGUAAUUAUUUCUUUAAAAUCAAACAAAAAAGACUAAAACCCAUGGCUUUUUUCAAUUGACCUCCGAAUGAGUACAAAAUUAGCGUGCAUCAAAUGCCGACGUUUUUUAUUUUCUGUUUACCAUUGGAUUAAGCUGAAUAAAUUGUUUCUUUUCUAAA